UCCUGCAACUUUGAAGCAGAUACGGAGUGUGGUGAUGGAAGUGACAAAGUAUUUAUUUAGGAAAUGAGUAAAGUUGUGCAAACAGUGGCAAAAAUGAAGUAUAUUUUAGUGACUGGGGGUGUAAUAAGUGGCGUGGGGAAGGGUGUAAUUGCCAGCUCCUUUGGGACAUUGCUAAAUUCCUGCGGAAUCGACGUGACAUCCAUUAAAAUUGAUCCCUACAUCAACAUCGAUGCUGGCACGUUCUCACCCUAUGAGCACGGUGAAGUCUACGUGUUGGAUGAUGGUGGUGAGGUGGAUUUGGAUUUGGGGAACUACGAGAGAUUCCUCGAUGUUACCCUACAUCGUGACAAUAACAUCACAACGGGGAAAAUCUAUCAGAAUGUCAUCCAAAAGGAGCGCAGAGGAGACUAUCUCGGCAAAACAGUACAAGUUGUACCCCACAUCACGGAUGCUAUUCAGGAGUGGGUAGAGCGUGUGGCACAGCAACCUGUUAAGGGAACGGCCAAGCCUCAGGUGUGCAUUGUGGAGCUCGGCGGGACAAUUGGGGACAUCGAAGGAAUGGCCUUUGUCGAGGGUUUCCGGCAGUUUCAGUUUAAAGUCAAGCGUGAGAACUUCUGCUGCGCUCACGUCUCCUUGGUGCCAAUGCCCAAAGCCACGGGUGAAGCAAAGACUAAACCAACACAGGCAAGUGUCCGGGAACUUCGUGGACUGGGACUGAGUCCCGAUCUAAUUGUAUGUCGUUCAGAGAAACCAAUUGGAAAGGAAGUGAAGGAGAAAAUUAGUAAUUUCUGUCACGUAGCCACAGAGCAAGUAAUUUGCAUCCAUGAUCUAUCCUCAAUCUACCAUGUGCCAUUGCUAAUGGAAGAGCACGGUGUUGUGGACUUUCUGGCUGAGAGACUCCAGCUCACCAUUCCCAAUCCCCGACCUAGUAGCCUAAUGAAACGCUGGCGAGAUCUAGCUCAUCGUGUUGAUACAAUUCACAACACCGUUGACAUUGCACUCGUUGGGAAGUACACAAAACUCGAGGAUGCAUAUGCUUCGGUGUCAAAGGCCCUACAACAUGCUGCAAUUGCAUCGGGGUACAAACUAAAUCUCAAAUUCAUCGACGCUAGCCAUUUGGAGAAGCAAACUGAGUCAGAUGAACCAGCAAAGUAUCAUGACGCAUGGAAGGAGUUGGUUUCAAGUGAGGGUGUCAUUGUUCCAGGAGGUUUUGGGUCACGCGGCAUUGAGGGGAAGAUUAAUGCGUGUGAAUGGUGUAGGAAGAAGGAUAAACCAAUUUUGGGCAUUUGCCUUGGGUUGCAAGCGAUGGUGAUUGAAUUUGCGCGGAAUGUACUGAAUUUGAAAGAUGCCAAUUCAACGGAAGUUGAUCCAAACACAAAGAAUCCUCUUGUUAUUGACAUGCCAGAGCAUCAUCCUGGGGAUAUGGGUGGGACAAUGCGGCUGGGCAAGAGGACAACACUCUUCAAGGAAGGAGAAAGUAUUAUCAAGAAACUCUAUAGGAAUCCUAAAAGUGUGAGUGAGAGGCACAGGCAUAGGUAUGAAGUAAAUCCGGCUUAUGUGAAGGAUCUAGAGGACAAUGGACUGAAAUUUGUUGGCUAUGAUGCCGAUAAGGAGCGCAUGGAAAUUAUGGAAUACCCCAAACAUCCGUACUACGUAGCAACGCAAUUUCAUCCGGAAUACCUCUCUCGACCCUUAAAGCCCUCUCCGCCCUUCCUUGGACUCGUUCUGGCUGCAAAGAAUCGCCUAACGCACUACAUGGAUCUCGGAUGCCCCCUAACUGGGCGUUCUAGUGAUGAAAGUAGUGGAGAUGAAUGUGAGAUUCAGAAGGGAAUGAAGAUCUACAACGGGCACAUGGAGGAGUCGGAAAAGAAACCCCUAACCAAUGGACCUGUACCCAAUGGAACCCUUCCAGAAGAACCUCUUCCAAAUGAAUCCCUUCCCAAUGGAACCCUCCCCAAUGGACACCUUCCAAAUGGGCGCCCAAGACGAAACAGCGAUAGUUCUGAUGACUAUCAAGUCUGUAGGAAGAUGUUUUAAGCUACAAGCCUAUAUGGAGCUUUAUAAGAAAAGUUUUUAAAAAUGUUCUCAAAUGUUAAUUUUAUCCGAAAGGACUUUUUUGACGUUUAAAGUGGAAAAAAUAGAUUAAUUUCUUUUAAGGAUAAUACUUCUCUAUUACAAUGCAUUUAAAGAAGAUAAAAUCAUCUCUAUUUUCUCAACUCUGUAUAACUAUAAUCAAUGAAAUAAUCACACAAUAAAAUCAUAGAGAGAAAAUUA